GAGAAAAGUUACCUCCUUCUGCUAGAGAUCUUUCAAACUACACCCAUGAACGCAACUGCGAUGUAGCUACAACUGUUUACACUUGAGAAGGUGUUUAAUACGCCGGGACCGGAUCCAGUGCACGCGCACUGAACCAAACCACAUUUGAAAGAUUUAAAGGCAAAUCGUUAUCUCACUUGACUUGCCCCGAACUCCAGUGACCUUAGGUUCUGAGAAACCAGACCUGACAGACUACAGAACUGUGAAGAAUACAGUCAUUCACUCAAGUUUAUCCCUGGUUGGGAUUCAGCGGCUUGACUUGCUAACGAACCGAAACAAGAAGCGGAGACAAACUGCGCAUGCAGAUUCUGCUGAUGGAAUCCACUGAGAAGGUCUUGACACAGGCCCAAAUUUGAUUGGUUACCUAGGAGACGGUUACCUUGGAGACGGCUGCACGCUGAGGGAAUGCGGCAUGCCUGGGCUCAUUAAUAUUCAUAGCCGGACCCGGAUACCCCUGCAGGCGUCACGGGCGUCCGCCUGUCUGAUUGGCUACUCACUGGGACUGACGGCAUCACUGACAUACUACAAUGAUCAGGAUGUUCCGGUGGACGCGAUGUUUGUGUACCCUGUGGACGAGAGCUGCGUGGUGGUCGGGUUCGAGGCGCUGGUUGGUGGACGGACCAUCAGCCUGCAGCUGAAGGACGGCCCAUCAAUCAGCAGAGAGGCCACGCCCAGCACAUCACAGUAUUCAAAGCUUAAUGAUAUAUUCCAGGAGCAGUUCAGUCAGGACGACUGGCUGUACCGUCAGACGGCGUUCAUCGUUGAUGAGCACGAGACGAGAGAGAUCUUCACGGUGAACAUCGGCUCACUACCGGCGUACGAGACCGCCACGGUGCUGGUCAGCAUCUCGUCUGAGAUCAGGAACGGCAAGAACGGAGCUCUAAGAUGCACACUGCCACACAUCUGCACGCCCAGGUUCAGGAACCAGAGUUUUGAGCUGGUGACCAGUCCGGAGGACAGUAAGAGCAGCCUGACCAGUACGAACUACAGUAUGGGGUACGGCACGGAGGACGCCAGCUUCUCCACCUGCAGGAAUCUCAUGGACAUCGUGCAGGAAACAGCGAUCAACCCCUUCCCGUACGAGUUCGAGUUCCAGUUGGAAGUGAAGAUGCCGUGCCUGCUUGCCGGCGUGGAGAGUCCGACCCACUCCAUCAGGGUGGACGCUGAUCCGUACGCAAGGAACGCUAACGAGGUGUUCGUGACGCUUGCCGAGCAGCACACCUACAGCGAGGACGUCCAGGUGCUUUUGUACCUGUCGGACCCGCACAAGCCGGCCAUCAUCCUGGAGCACGGCGACAUGAGUCUGUCCGGGUACGAGGAGUACGUCAAGUCGCGCAGGAGCUUCAAGAGGCUACAGAGGGAGAAGGAGGAGAAACCGUCGUCUAAAGUGGACUACCUCAGGAGCAGGUUACACAAGGACCUUAUGCACCACGCCGCCAUCAUGCUCUCGUUCUUUCCGGACUUCUCGUCCAUCCCACCACGUGACCCGUCCAAGAUUCCCGGAAACUUCAUCUUCAUCCUGGACAGGAGCGGCAGCAUGAGCGGGGCCAACAUCGCAGGUGCCCGUGAGACCCUGCUGUUAUUCCUGAAGAGCCUGCCGACCUGCUGCCUGUUUAACAUCGUGAGUUUCGGCUCCAGCUACAAGCCCAUGUUCAGCACCAGCGUGGCUUACACACAGCAGAACGUGGACAAGGCUUCAGCCGACAUCAAGAAAAUGCGUGCUGAUAUGGGAGGCACGAACAUCCUGGCGCCGCUCCAGUGGGUGUUCUCGGCGCCUGUGACGUCAGGCUACCCCCGGCAGGUGUUCCUGCUGACCGACGGGAGCGUCAGCAACACCGGAACGGUCAUCGACAUAGUCAGAAAAAACGCCUACAACACCAGGUGCUUUGCCCUCGGGAUCGGCCCGAAAGCCUCUCGGCCACUGGUGCAGGGCGUGGGUUCGGCGGGAGGGGGCGCUGCCGAACUGAUCCAGGAAGGGGAGAGGAUUCAGCCCAAGGUUGUCUCCUGUCUGAAGCGCGCCCUCCAGCCUUGUAUCAGUGACAUCACGGUCACGUGGCGCCCUCCAGCGGGGAUCGAGGUACUGCAGUCCCCCAAGUCCCUCCCGCCGCUGUUCCCCGGGGACCGACUGGUGGCCUACGCCGUGCUGUACGACAUGCUGGUGGUCGAACCCAGGCCCAAGGACGAGGAGAUAGAGGAGACAACGGAGGGAUCAAGUUCAACGGUUUCACAGAGCACGACCAGUGACUUCUCGGAGGCCGCCAGCAGCGUCAACACGGGAGACCUGCUGAGGGACAUCGUGGACGAGAUCUCCAGCAAGAAGAAGGAGAAACACGAGAACGAACUGAGGGAACCGGUCAGGAAGAUCCGGAAGAUCAGUGACCUGGGGAAGUCUGCGUCCAUGGGACCGAGAAGCCCUGAGAGGGAGUUUCUGUCAGAAGUCGGCGGGGAAGAGAACGGAGCUCACAUCAGGAAAAGAGGGAACUCCUUAGAGGUUCCAGAUCUAAGCAGAUCCAACCGCACCCGGAAAAUCUCUGGACAGGGCGGAAGUGACAUCGACCUAAUGAUGUUGCAAAGGAUGCUGGGAAAGCUGUUCGAAACUGGCGGACAAGGCAUGGAGGAAUUCAAGGUCACCAAACUGAGUCCAAAUGAUGAAAAUGUCAGUGAUGAAACAGCAGAGAAGAGUAAAAAAGAUGCAAAAGAAAAACCUCAAGAUCAGCCCAGCAGUUCUGACGCAGACGGCGCAGGAAGUGACGCAGACAGCAGCGACAGCAGAACUGAAGACAGGCAACCGAAACAAAAUGGCGUCACUCCCAGAAGCCCACUGAGCCCGAAGUCACGUGACAUGAGCGUUGAUGACUUCCUGGCGUCAGUACAGAAGCACGGUGAUUGGACGAGACGAGGUGGGAAAAGUAAGGCCGUCAUCAAGGGACUGGUGUUCGAUGAGGAGUUUGUUUACGAGAUCCCAUUCGACGUCAGUGAGGCCAUUGACCCCGACCGGCCGACCCUUGACCCGGAAGAUAACAUCUGGGACGAGACGAUACACCAGCUGGCGGCGCGUUCCAUUAUUCUGGACCUGGAGGAGCGACUGCAGAGGAGCGAGAAGAGCGUACAACCUGAAGGAGCCUUGUGUCCUGAGACAGUGCUGGACGAGGCCCGGGCGAAGAUCGUCCACACCAGUCAGUCCGCUAACAUCAUCUCCCGCUACACGUCCUUCUGCGCCGUGGACGAGGACACCAACGAGUCUCUGCCGUCACUGCUGGAACAGAGGCUGCCGCUCGACAAACAGCCAAGGAGCAGUAACCGGCGGUCGGGAUUCUCUGCUGGGCUGGGCCGCCGGACCUCCAGUAUGGAGUCCGAGGAGGACGACAGCUUCCAUCUACAGGACACGAAAGGGCAUGCAGCAGACUCCAUCUCUUUACGUUCCGCACCGACGUCAGGCUUCAUCGCUGGCCGGAGAAGGGAUUCUGCCGAUGUUUGUGGGAAGGAUUAA